AUGGUGUUCUUACCGGGCAUGCGCCAUCUUUUAGCGGCUUCCGAUGUUUUCAAACGAAAUGGGGAUCUGUUAGGAUCCCAAUUCCUCGAUAGAGAUCGGUAUCGGGUUGUACUGCUGCAUGCCACCAUGCCAGAAGGGUUGAAAGAAUUAUUCGCACCAGUUCCAACAGGCUGUCGGCGAAUCAUCUUCACAACCGAUGUUGCUGAAACCUCCAUCACCGUGCCGGACGUUACUUUUGUUGUCGACUCAGGAAAGGUGCAUCAAAAGAUGUACGAUCCUCUGUCGAGAUCGUCUCGGCUGGCAUGUUGCUGGGCUAGCCAAUCCAGUGCCGCUCAGCGCGCUGGGCGUGCUGGGCGUGUCCAGAAGGGGAACUAUAUCGCACUGUACACCAAGGAGAUGCAGGAUUCUUUCCGCGUCACCAAAUUUCCCGCAAUGAUGCGAGAGAACUUGCAGGCGACGUCUCUGCGGGCGAAACAGGCCAUCGCUGGUACGGCUUAUACGUCUAUCCAAAGUCUUCUGCAAGAAUCCAUUGAACCUCCCGAGGACGCGAUGGUGGACGAGUCAAUCAAGAGUCUGCAGCGGAUGAGUGCGUUAGACAAUCAGGAAGAGCUCACCCCUCUGGGUAACAUGCUUCUCGACAUACCGCUAGAUCCGUCCUAUGCCAAGUUGAUAUGGCUAGGGGUUAUUUUCCGCUGCCUCGAUCCCCUUUUAAUCAUAGGCGCAAUGGACAAUGAACAGGGUCUGUUCCACGUGUCAUCAGACGUGGCACAGCGAAAGGAGGCUCUAGAUAGCCGUCUCAAGUUCUCGAACAACUCGUGGAGCGAUUACAUCGGCAUGGUCAAUGCCUUCAAGGAGAUGCGCAGAAUCCGGUAUCAAGAGGGCCGUGGCGCUGCUGUUUCAUUUGCCUAUGCGAACCACAUCAACACGACCGCGUUCCAGCAAAUGCUCGACGUCAGCAAACAGAUCGUGAGAACCCUCGGCAACACAGGGAUCAUCCGCGGGGGGUAUUCCUCCAGCAGCGAUUUCCAAUUCGGAGGGCCCGGUCUGAAUGUCAACUCCGGGCGUGUGUCUCUCAUCAAGGCACUACUGCUUCAAGCCGUCCAUCCCAACAUCGCCGCGCCCAGGGCGCCCGCAAAGUCCAGCUACCGGACGGAGGAUGCAGCACCGACGCACAUCUCCAAGAUGUCAGUCAAUGCCCGGCGCCCGAAGGCUCUGUUUGCCUUUGGCUCCAAACGGCCUACUGCCUCGGACCCGAACACGUUCAUGAUCCACCAGACCUCGCACGUCCCACCACUCGCCGCGUGUCUGUUUGGGGGGCACAUCCAAGCAAAGGGUGAUAACAUCCGCAUGGAUUCGUGGGUGGAUUUCGACAUCCAGACUGAAAGUCAGGGGAAUACAUCAGCUGGGAGGUUGUUGAUAGAGCUCCGCAAAGCUGUUGAUGAGUCCCUCUCCCUCGCCUUCGACGCUCUCUCCACGCGCAAGAAUAAAGCCUUCACAGAGGAAGACCACGAAUCACGACUCGCCUGCGACACGCUCCUCCGAGACGUCUCCGAGCUCGUCAUCGAGGUCAUCAACCGCGACAUCGACCCCGUCUACCGAGACAGCCAGCGCGAAGCCUACACGACCGAGCCUGAAAGUAUAUACCCAAGCCGAAACCGUAACUGA